UGAUUCUCCUUUCACCUUCCUUAUAAAUUAAUAACUAUAAAUAGCCCGCUAGGGUUUUUGAAGACUAGAGAAACUGAAACCAUGACAAUAGCAUCAAUGCUCAACGUGAAUCCAUCGACAUGGAAUCGGAAGCAGAGCGGUUUACUUCCGCCUCCACCGCCAUCCUCGUUCUCCUUCCGUCGGAAAACCCUAAAUAAUCUCUUCAAAUCCUCAUCAAAAUUCUGCUGCAGCAGUAGGCAAGUUACUACUGCUAUAGAACACCCAAAUAAUAACAUUCAUCGGACUGCCGUGGGACCUUUAAAAAUGGAACAGUGCAGUUUAGAGGGUGUUUGUAACGCCGGUAAGACUAUGAAACGUCGAGCUGUGGGUAUAACAGUGGUGUUAGCUUUGUUACUGAUGAAGGCGGCGUGCUAUAGUAGUUAUCCCGCUUGGGCUUCAUGUCUCCAAACUGAACACUGCUCCGCCACUUCCUUGCCGGCUGAUUAUCGCCGGGAGAGUGAAUGGUGUGGUGAACUUGAAAUUAUUGUUUUUAGUAUCUUAGCCCUGUGUAUAUUCAAAGUGGUAUCUGAUUUAGGAGGACCCAACAGCGUUAUCGAACUUCAGGUUGGAUUUUUUGGUCCUGUGCCAUCACUUCAGCAGGAUCUCGAUGAAGCAUACACUUUCAAUUCUAACCGUAUAGUAUUAUAUAUGGCGGCGCGUGCUUUAUAUCCGCACUCUAAUAACAGCUUUUCUGGCUAUGUAUCUGUAAAAUGGGUAGAAUAUGCCAUGUUUGCAAGAAAAGUAUGCAACGAAAUCUUUGACAGACGUACACUUACAAAGAAAAGGAGUAAAAAUCUUUCGUGUGAUGAAUAUACGGUGGUGACAAUUAUUAUAGCUGUUGAUGAGGAACAACAACUACCAAAGAUAAAGAGUUGUGGAGAUCUUCAGAGUGUUCUGCUUAAGCUUAAAGCCAUAGGAGCAGAUCAAGGACAUGUAUCUAUGAACAUUGCAUUUGCAUUGCGUUAUGAAAACGUAACCAAACAAGAGCUGGAAUUGUAUUAUCCAGAAUUGAGUAAAGCUAAAUAUUUUGAUGUACCGUAUUAAUUUCUAUUUAAUUAUUCGACAGUAUUUAUAUUUAUUUUCCUAAUUAUUUGAACAAUCUCAAAUUAUUGUAUUUCUCUAAUUAAUGAACGCAAUAGCUAAUAAA